CUAGAUGUUGGACAUGUGUCACUCAUCCUAAUUAAUUAGGGUUUCAAAAAUCCAUCUAUUUUGGAAGGGUGCCCAAAGGAAAUGGUCCAGCUAAGAGAGAGUUGUGAGUGAUGACACCCAAUAACAACUAACUUUGUUCAUUUAUUCCCUUCAUCUGCCCUCUAUCCAAUUCAAUGUUUCUCCACCCAAAAAUUUCACUCUUUAAAUAUACCCAUCAACUCCCAUAAACUAGUUAAAUAAAAGCCCACUUUUCUCCAUUCUCCUCCCAAGAAAGCCGGAACAGUACAACACUAUAGUAAAACAUGGCAAAGCCCACCCCACCCUACACAAACUCCUUCCUUAAACUUUGUUACCAAUACCUAAUAAACCAUUUCUUAACUUUUUUGCUUGUCCCGGCGGGGGUCGCCGUCGCCGUGGAGGUCUUGAGACUAGGGCCAGAUGAAAUCAUAACAUUUUGGAAAUCUUUAUCCGGCUUGGACGCCAUCAAGGUCUUGUGUUCCCUCUUCGUUGCUCUCAUUGUGGCCACUGUUUACUUCAUGUCGAAGCCUCGUUCCGUGUAUCUUGUCGACUACGCAUGCUACAAACCCCCAGUGAGCUUCCGGGUCCCGUUCUCUGCCUUCAUGGAACACUCCAGGCUCAUUCUUAAGGAUAACCCGAAGAGCGUGGAGUUCCAAAUGCGCAUUCUUGAAAGGUCUGGCCUUGGAGAAGAGACUUCUCUCCCUCCGGCGAUCCAUUACAUUCCUCCGACGCCCGACAUGGAAGCGGCGAGGGCCGAGGCCGAGACGGUCAUCUUCUCCGCAAUCGAUUCUCUCAUGAAGAAAACCGGCUUGAAGCCGAAAGACAUCGACAUCCUCAUUGUCAACUGCAGCCUCUUCUCCCCGACCCCGUCCUUGUCCGCGAUGGUGGUCAACAAGUACAAGCUCAGGAGCAACGUCAAGAGCUACAACCUCUCUGGGAUGGGGUGUAGCGCCGGGUUGAUCUCCAUCGACCUGGCACGCGACCUCCUCCAGGUCCACCCCAACUCGCGUGCCCUGGUCGUUAGCACCGAGAUCAUCACCCCCAACUACUAUAGGGGCUCCGAGAGAGCCAUGCUCCUCCCAAACUGCCUGUUCAGGAUGGGAGGAGCGGCGGUCCUGUUGUCUAACAGGACCAGGGAUUCCGGCCGGGCCAAAUACAGGCUGAUACACGUCAUCAGGACCCACAAGGGCUCAGACGACAAGGCGUACCGCUGCGUCUACGAGCAGGAGGACCCGCAGGGGAAGGUGGGGAUAAACCUCUCGAAAGACCUGAUGGUGAUCGCGGGGGAAGCGCUGAAGUCGAACAUCACGACCAUCGGCCCGCUCGUCCUCCCGGCCUCCGAGCAACUCCUCUUCCUCUUCACCCUCAUCGGCCGGAAAAUCUUCAACCCCAAGUGGAAGCCCUACAUCCCGGACUUCAAGCAGGCGUUCGAGCACUUCUGCAUCCACGCGGGCGGCCGCGCCGUGAUCGACGAGCUCCAGAAGAACCUCCAGCUUUCGCCGGAGCACGUCGAGGCGUCCCGGAUGACACUGCACCGGUUCGGGAACACCUCGUCGUCGUCGCUCUGGUACGAGCUGGCCUACAUCGAGGCCAAGGGGAGGAUGAGGAGAGGGGAGAGAAUAUGGCAAAUCGCUUUCGGGAGCGGCUUCAAAUGUAACAGUGCGGUUUGGAAGUGUAACCGCACUGUUAAAACGCCCGUCUCAGAUGGGCCAUGGCAAGAUUGCAUUGACAAGUACCCGGUGCACAUCCCCGAAAUUGUCAAGCUCUAAUUUAUAUAUUGUCACACCAUAUAAUAUACGGACUCUAGACGGUCUUCGCCAUUAUUGUUUCUUAUUUUUAUUUUUGUUUUCAUUUUAGUUACUGUGUUUAAUGUCUUGAAUUAAGUGUUUGUAAUUUGUAAUAUUGGGGUGUGCGGUGAAAACGUCUGUAAAAUUUGUGGGGAGCUGCGGCAUUUACUGAUGUAAGUCAUCAACAGGGUAUUAUUGCAGUGGCAACGUAACAUACAAAGUCUGCAUUUUUCUUUUCAUUUUUUUUUCUAAAUUUUUUUGGGACAAUUUCCACCUACUAGAUGAUAAACUUUUAGUUUUUACCUUAAUGUUUGUUUAAGUAACAAUAAAUAAGUUAAGUCGUG